UCCGACCCUCAGUCCAAGCAACUAUCCAAACAACACGGCCGCGUCACCAUUGGAUUUAGCCUACGUCUUCUCAUUUUACUAUCAUGAACACAUUCGCCGACCGUUUUUCGACAACAGGCGCUCUGGCAGAGUUGCGAAAGGCGCAGAAGGCUGCUGAUGAGGAAGAGUUUUCUGAUGCUAUGUGGGGUUCUGAGGCUGGCUUUGGCAGUCUGGCAAAAGGUGUACCAACUUUCAGUGUCCCGAAUAUUCCGGAUCCAACAGCCUUUCUAAGGCUACACACCGAUGACCAUGCCGACCCCACUUGCAAGAUCAAGAUCUCUCAUGGAACAACAACGCUUGCUUUCAGAUUCCAAGGAGGUGUUAUUGUUGCAGUCGAUUCUCGUGCUACUGCAGGCAGCUACGUCGCCUCGGGAACUGUAAAAAAGGUCAUUGAAAUCAAUCCCUACCUUCUUGGAACCAUGGCUGGUGGUGCAGCCGAUUGUCAAUACUGGGAAACAUACCUUGGAAUGCACUGUCGACUUCACGAGCUUCGAAACCGGGAGCGCAUAUCCGUGUCUGCAGCAAGCAAAUAUCUAAGCAACCUCGUGUACAGUUACAAGGGUAUGGGAUUAAGUAUGGGAACGAUGAUCUGUGGUUGGGAUAAGACUGGUCCAGCCGUGUUCUAUGUUGACUCUGAUGGCACGCGCCUGAAGGGCGACCUGUUCUCUGUAGGCUCCGGCAGUACAUUCGCGUAUGGUGUGCUGGAUCAAGGUUACCGCUGGGACUUGACGGAUGAGGAGGCCCAAGAACUCGGCAGGCGUAGCAUCUAUGCUGCUGGUCACAGAGACGCUUUCUCUGGAAACACAUGUAAUCUCUACCACGUCAAAGAAGACGGAUGGAAAUUCAUUGGUAACUAUGAUAUAUCCAAGAUGCACUACGAUGGCCCGGGCAAUGUACUCGGGGCUACUGGUGGCGGAUACGGAUACGAGUUGCGGGUUGAAGGGCUUAGCUCGGCAAAUCCUCCUGUGGCAGCCCAGGCGUAGUUAUUGGAUAUGUAUCAUAUAUUAUGAAAACCAAAUUAUAUGCCAAUCUUCUACGCUU